AUGUCCUCAACUCCCUCAGCCUCUGCGAUUGCGAACAGCAGCAGCUGGACCGCUUUUAUCAAGUCCAUAGCCUCCUUCAACGGCGACUUGUCGUCACUGACGGCUCCUCCUUUCAUUCUCUCUUCUCAAUCCCUGACCGAAUUCUCUUCCUACUGGGCUACCCACCCCCCAGUUCUGACUGCCCCCAUUGCCGAGCCGGACCCUGCGAAACGAGCUGCUCUUGUCCUUCAGUGGUUUCUAUCCACCCUCAAGCACCAGUACGCCAGUCGCAGCGAUGAAUACGGAAAUGAGAAGAAGCCCUUGAACCCAUUCCUGGGCGAGCUCUUCCUGGGCAGCUGGAGCGAUGAGGCUGGCGAGACCACACUUAUCUCUGAGCAGGUCAGCCAUCAUCCUCCUGCUACCGCCUACUGCAUCCGCAACGACAAGACAGGCGUCCAACUCGAAGGUUACAAUGCGCAGAAGGCUACUUUCAAGAGCACAAUCCUGGUCAAGCAGAUCGGUCACGCCGUUUUGACCUUGCCCAUUGGCUCUGGCAGCGAAAAGAAGACGGAGACCUACCUCAUCACCCUGCCUUCUCUGCACAUCGAGGGGCUCAUUUUCGGCGCCCCCUUUGUUGAGCUCGACGGCUCAAGCUACAUCUCUAGCUCCACUGGCUACACUGCCAAGAUCGACUACAGCGGCAAGGGCUGGCUGUCUGGGAAAAAGAAUACCGUUUCUGCCACACUCACCCCUUCAGACAAUGAGCGCGAGGUCUUGUACAAUGUUACAGGCCAAUGGAAUGAGAAGUUAGAGCUCUAUCAAGGCCCUCUCAAGAAAAAUUCCAAAUCUACCCUUGUCUCCGUCUAUGACGCUGUCAAGACACCCCAGGCCAAGUUCAAGAUUGCUCCACUUGAGAAGCAACACCCCCUCGAGUCCCGCCGUGCUUGGUCAAAGGUGGCAGAGGGCAUUUCCAAGGGAGAUAUGGACAUUACGAGUGCGGAGAAGACCAAGAUCGAGCAGGCUCAGCGCAACAAACGAGCAGAGGAAAAGGCUGCGGGCAAGGUUUGGGAGAGACGGUACUUCACCGCCGUGUCAGGUGAGGAUGCGACGCUGAAGCUGCUGGGAGCUGCAACUGGUGUUCCUCUUGAUGGCGAGGCUGACAAGACCGGUGGGCUCUGGAGAUUUGAUGCCGCCAAGGCGGCCAAAGCAGCUGCAGAGGUACUCAGCGAUGAGGAUAGGGGCAAGAUUGAAACCGAGCUCCUGGGAUGGUAG